AUGGCUCCGAAACAGAUCAAAUGUGCCACAGUAAUGAAACAGGUGGGACUGGAAGUCAGUCGGAAAGCAGACCGAGACGGGCCAGAAGUCGGAAAGCAGACCGAGACGGGCCAGAAGUCGGAAAGCAGACCGAGACGGGCCAGAAGUCGGAAAGCAGACCGAGACGGGCCAGAAGUCGGAAAGCAGACCGAGACGGGCCAGAAGUCGGAAAGCAGACCGAGACGGGCCAGAAGUCGGAAAGCAGACCGAGACGGGCCAGAAGUCGGAAAGCAGACCGAGACGGGCCAGAAGUCGGAAAGCAGACCGAGACGGGCCAGAAGUCGGAAAGCAGACCGAGACGGGCCAGAAGUCGGAAAGCAGACCGAGACGGGCCAGAAGUCGGAAAGCAGACCGAGACGGGCCAGAAGUCGGAAAGCAGACCGAGACGGGCCAGAAGUCGGAAAGCAGACCGAGACGGGCCAGAAGUCGGAAAGCAGACCGAGACGGGCCAGAAGUCGGAAAGCAGACCGAGACGGGCCAGAAGUCGGAAAGCAGACCGAGACGGGCCAGAAGUCGGAAAGCAGACCGAGACGGGCCAGAAGUCGGAAAGCAGACCGAGACGGGCCAGAAGUCGGAAAGCAGACCGAGACGGGCCAGAAGUCGGAAAGCAGACCGAGACGGGCCAGAAGUCGGAAAGCAGACCGAGACGGGCCAGAAGUCGGAAAGCAGACCGAGACGGGCCAGAAGUCGGAAAGCAGACCGAGACGGGCCAGAAGUCGGAAAGCAGACCGAGACGGGCCAGAAGUCGGAAAGCAGACCGAGACGGGCCAGAAGUCGGAAAGCAGACCGAGACGGGCCAGAAGUCGGAAAGCAGACCGAGACGGGCCAGAAGUCGGAAAGCAGACCGAGACGGGCCAGAAGUCGGAAAGCAGACCGAGACGGGCCAGAAGUCGGAAAGCAGACCGAGACGGGCCAGAAGUCGGAAAGCAGACCGAGACGGGCCAGAAGUCGGAAAGCAGACCGAGACGGGCCAGAAGUCGGAAAGCAGACCGAGACGGGCCAGAAGUCGGAAAGCAGACCGAGACGGGCCAGAAGUCGGAAAGCAGACCGAGACGGGCCAGAAGUCGGAAAGCAGACCGAGACGGGCCAGAAGUCGGAAAGCAGACCGAGACGGGCCAGAAGUCGGAAAGCAGACCGAGACGGGCCAGAAGUCGGAAAGCAGACCGAGACGGGCCAGAAGUCGGAAAGCAGACCGAGACGGGCCAGAAGUCGGAAAGCAGACCGAGACGGGCCAGAAGUCGGAAAGCAGACCGAGACGGGCCAGAAGUCGGAAAGCAGACCGAGACGGGCCAGAAGUCGGAAAGCAGACCGAGACGGGCCAGAAGUCGGAAAGCAGACCGAGACGGGCCAGAAGUCGGAAAGCAGACCGAGACGGGCCAGAAGUCGGAAAGCAGACCGAGACGGGCCAGAAGUCGGAAAGCAGACCGAGACGGGCCAGAAGUCGGAAAGCAGACCGAGACGGGCCAGAAGUCGGAAAGCAGACCGAGACGGGCCAGAAGUCGGAAAGCAGACCGAGACGGGCCAGAAGUCGGAAAGCAGACCGAGACGGGCCAGAAGUCGGAAAGCAGACCGAGACGGGCCAGAAGUCGGAAAGCAGACCGAGACGGGCCAGAAGUCGGAAAGCAGACCGAGACGGGCCAGAAGUCGGAAAGCAGACCGAGACGGGCCAGAAGUCGGAAAGCAGACCGAGACGGGCCAGAAGUCGGAAAGCAGACCGAGACGGGCCAGAAGUCGGAAAGCAGACCGAGACGGGCCAGAAGUCGGAAAGCAGACGGAGACGGGCCAGAAGUCGGAAAGCAGACGGAGACGGGCCAGAAGUCGGAAAGCAGACGGAGACGGGCCAGAAGUCGGAAAGCAGACGGAGACGGGCCAGAAGUCGGAAAGCAGACGGAGACGGAGCAAGUCGGAAAGCAGACGGAGACGGAGCAAGUCGGAAAGCAGACGGAGACGGAGCAAGUCGGAAAGCAGACGGAGACGGAGCAAGUCGGAAAGCAGACGGAGACGGAGCAAGUCGGAAAGCAGACGGAGACGGAGCAAGUCGGAAAGCAGACGGAGACGGAGCAAGUCGGAAAGCAGACGGAGACGGAGCAAGUCGGAAAGCAGACGGAGACGGAGCAAGUCGGAAAGCAGACGGAGACGGAGCAAGUCGGAAAGCAGACGGAGACGGAGCAAGUCGGAAAGCAGACGGAGACGGAGCAAGUCGGAAAGCAGACGGAGACGGAGCAAGUCGGAAAGCAGACGGAGACGGAGCAAGUCGGAAAGCAGACGGAGACGGAGCAAGUCGGAAAGCAGACGGAGACGGAGCAAGUCGGAAAGCAGACGGAGACGGAGCAAGUCGGAAAGCAGACGGAGACGGAGCAAGUCGGAAAGCAGACGGAGACGGAGCAAGUCGGAAAGCAGACGGAGACGGAGCAAGUCGGAAAGCAGACGGAGACGGAGCAAGUCGGAAAGCAGACGGAGACGGAGCAAGUCGGAAAGCAGACGGAGACGGAGCAAGUCGGAAAGCAGACGGAGACGGAGCAAGUCGGAAAGCAGACGGAGACGGAGCAAGUCGGAAAGCAGACGGAGACGGAGCAAGUCGGAAAGCAGACGGAGACGGAGCAAGUCGGAAAGCAGACGGAGACGGAGCAAGUCGGAAAGCAGACGGAGACGGAGCAAGUCGGAAAGCAGACGGAGACGGAGCAAGUCGGAAAGCAGACGGAGACGGAGCAAGUCGGAAAGCAGACGGAGACGGAGCAAGUCGGAAAGCAGACGGAGACGGAGCAAGUCGGAAAGCAGACGGAGACGGAGCAAGUCGGAAAGCAGACGGAGACGGAGCAAGUCGGAAAGCAGACGGAGACGGAGCAAGUCGGAAAGCAGACGGAGACGGAGCAAGUCGGAAAGCAGACGGAGACGGAGCAAGUCGGAAAGCAGACGGAGACGGAGCAAGUCGGAAAGCAGACGGAGACGGAGCAAGUCGGAAAGCAGACGGAGACGGAGCAAGUCGGAAAGCAGACGGAGACGGAGCAAGUCGGAAAGCAGACGGAGACGGAGCAAGUCGGAAAGCAGACGGAGACGGAGCAAGUCGGAAAGCAGACGGAGACGGAGCAAGUCGGAAAGCAGACGGAGACGGAGCAACCUUCAUACCCAGGGCUUAUUCUGAAGCUUUUGAGCACUAAGAUUCUUGCACAGAUAGACUACCAGCCCUGUCAAAUAUUCCUCAGUUUGGAGGACCAUAUUUGGUCUUAA